AUGAAGAUGUCACUGGUUCUCCACUGCUUGGUUGCCGUGCUUCUGCUGCCCACAAGACGAGGUACUGAAGCUGUUCCAGUGGACUGCUGUCUGAGAACCAGCAGUUACAGAAUAAAGCUGCAUGAACUCCAGAGCUACACCCUGCAGGACACACCGUUAUGCCCCCUGAGGGCAGUGAGAUUCGUCACCAAGGGACCCACGAUCUGUUCGGACCCACUCUCACCAUGGGCCAGGAAAGCUGUGGCUUUUUUGGAUAAGUCGGUACAUCCACAAAGAAGCAAGAAGCAAUAA